AAAUUAAAAUUCCUCAUAUAGAAUAUUAUUUCUAAGAAAGGAAAGUUACUGAAAUGUUGUGUUACCAUAGAAACUGUUUCUCUGCUGAAUAUAGUAUACCAUACUAAUAGUAUUUUAAAAUAUAUAUGAUUAUAAAGUGAGUUAAAAAUAUGGAUUCAAAAAACGUUGAAUAUAAUAAUGAACACAUGAUCGAACGUCAGCAAGUAAUAGAAAAUUUAAGUUCUACUAAUAAACUUACCGAAGAGGAGUUUCAGAAUUUCAUGCACCGUGUUACUGAAAUUGAAAAAAUUGUAUCAAAAUUAAUGUCUUCUGAUCCUAAAGAACAAGAACUUGGUGAAACAUUAGCAGAUACAAUUUUAAAUGCAAAAACCCAAAAAGAAUUUUCUGAAUUAGAGGAAUUAAAAGUUAAAACUAAUCGUACAAUUAUCAAUAAAUGUCCCAUAAAUGAAAAUACAUCUGAUCCAACUAAAAUGGGACAAGAAGCAUUCAUGAAGAGUAUUGAAAAAGAUGCCAAUGAACGAGCAGCGGAUAGAAAGAUAAGGAAUGAACGAGCAGAAACAUUAAAAAGGAUUGGAAACGGUGCAUUUAAAGAAAGAGAUUAUGAAAAGGCUGUGACAUACUUUACCAAAGCAAUAGAACAACGUAAAGAUUCUAGUGUUCUUUGGAACAAUAGAGCUUUGUCAUACAUGAAUCUUAAAUUAUUUGAAAAAGCUUUACAUGACUGUGAAUGGGCUUUAAAAGUAAACGAUUCAAAUUUGAAAGCUCUAUUAAAUAGUGCUAAAUGUUAUAAAAAUCUUCACAAUGAAGAAAAAUGCAAAGAGUUUAUUAAAUUGGCAAGAGAAAAAAAUCCACAUUUCCAAAAAUUCAUUGAUGAUUUCGAAAAAGAUUUAGAUACAAUAGGCAACGUAUAUACGAUCGAUGAUGUUUAAAAUAGAAGACCAUAUUUAAAUCUUUUCUCUAUAAUGAAUAUAGCAGUAAUAAUUAAUCAUUAUCUAAUAUAAACAUUUUA